CACUACAAAGAACGGUCAAAAACUCAUUUCAUCGAGUUUGUCGAUUCAUCGUACUUUGUUAAAAAAAAAAACUAUUUUCAACCAGAAAGUCGGUCUUUUGUUGAACUUAUUCAAAGAAUUUUCAUAACAUCAAAGCGUUUUAUUCAACGCAACUAAAAAACCAUCAUGACUGCCGGUAAUAAGAUGGAAAUAGACGGCGCUAAGGGUGAGGGAUUCCGGUCUUAUUACAUCCAAAAGAUCGAAGAGCUCCAACUUGUGGUUGCUGAGAAAUCUCAAAACUUGCGUCGUUUGCAAGCUCAGCGUAAUGAACUCAAUGCCAAAGUUCGCAUGCUUCGCGAGGAAUUACAACUUCUUCAGGAACAAGGCAGCUAUGUUGGUGAGGUUGUCAAGCCCAUGGACAAGAAGAAGGUCCUCGUUAAAGUGCACCCAGAGGGAAAGUUCGUCGUUGACAUUGAUAAGAACAUUGACAUCAAUGACGUCACACCAAAUUGCCGCGUAGCCCUCCGCAACGAGAGCUACACCCUCCACAAGAUUCUGCCCAACAAAGUUGAUCCUCUGGUGUCGCUUAUGAUGGUCGAAAAGGUUCCUGACUCAACCUACGAAAUGGUAGGAGGCCUGGACAAACAGAUCAAAGAAAUCAAGGAAGUUAUCGAAUUGCCCGUCAAGCAUCCCGAAUUAUUCGACGCUCUCGGUAUUGCCCAGCCUAAGGGUGUCUUGCUGUAUGGUCCCCCUGGUACUGGAAAGACACUGCUUGCUCGUGCUGUAGCUCACCACACCGAGUGCACAUUCAUUCGUGUAUCCGGUUCAGAAUUGGUGCAAAAAUUCAUUGGUGAGGGUUCGAGAAUGGUGCGAGAAUUGUUCGUCAUGGCUCGAGAACAUGCUCCUUCGAUCAUCUUCAUGGAUGAAAUCGAUUCGAUUGGUUCUUCUCGUAUCGAAUCGGGUUCCGGAGGUGACUCUGAGGUCCAAAGAACCAUGUUGGAGCUUCUAAAUCAAUUGGACGGUUUCGAGGCCACCAAGAACAUCAAAGUUAUCAUGGCUACCAACAGAAUCGACAUCCUUGACCCAGCUCUACUUCGACCUGGACGUAUUGAUCGUAAAAUUGAGUUCCCUCCACCAAACGAGGAGGCUCGCUUGGACAUUUUGAAAAUUCAUUCCCGCAAAAUGAACCUCACUCGAGGAAUAAAUCUGCGCAAGAUCGCCGAAUUGAUGCCCGGAGCAUCAGGUGCCGAAGUUAAGGGUGUCUGCACAGAGGCCGGUAUGUACGCUUUGCGAGAACGUCGUGUCCAUGUUACCCAAGAGGACUUUGAGAUGGCGGUUGCCAAGGUUAUGCAGAAAGACUCUGAGAAGAAUAUGUCUAUUAAGAAGUUGUGGAAGUAAAACAAUGUCACGCAAUUCGACAGCAGGAGGGAGAUGUAUUUCGUUUUAUAUAACUAAGAAUAAUCAGAUUUUGAAAUUCGAUUAUAUUUUUCAUUUUUUUGUCUUUAGAAACUAAUAAAAUUUCAGAAUAAAAAAUCA